GUUGUGAUGCAGCUGGUGCGUCUGAUCCCCGAUGGCCACAGGAUGAAGAGGGAGGUGGACAUGGCCUUGGACUCUGUCAGCGAGACCAUGACCCCCAUGCACUAUCAUCUGAGAGAGAUCAUCAUCUCCACAUACAGACAGAUAAAAAGUGGUAAGACGGAGAAAGAGAGUCAGCAGCUGCUGCUGUGGAGCCUGCAGUACCUGGAGCGCUACAUUUACCUCAUCCUCUUCAACACAUACCUGCAUCUAGAGAAGAAAAACUCCUGGCAGCGCUCCUUUACUGUCUGGAUGGAACAGGUGGCUGCCAGAGCCGGAGUUUAUGACAUCCUCAACCAGCUGGGCUUCUCUGAGUUUGAAAACCCGAGGGACACGCCACUGGCCAGGCUGCGCUGCCGCUGGCAACAGCAAAACAUUCAGUCACUUCCUUUCCGGGGGGAGUUCAUCUAAGAGAUGAUCACUGUGAACGCACCAAGACAGUACUGUGCUUUUCAGAAUAAAAGACAUUGACAUUGUUAUGCCUUCUAUAUUCACCCUUGUAUUAUCCAUAUCUUCACAUCAUCUAUUGUUUGUGCUUUUUUUCAAACUCACUUGCGAUGUUAACAUUUUGUAGGUGUUUCGAUGUUGAUUCUUAGCAGAAUGUUGCUCCUAUAUUAGAAGUUGAUAUUUGUGCCUUUGCCUUGUUUAAUCAAUGGUAGAACAUAGUGUUAAUGUACUAAUAUUUUUUUUAUUGUUUUUUUGUUUUUUUAUUCUUUCUUUAUGAGUUCUCGCUUUUGAAGAUGAGAUAGCUUUUUAAAACUUCUGUUGGAACAAGACAAGAGUUAAAUGUUGUUAUGGAGGAGAGAAGCAAAUUCCACUGUGUUGUCAGACAGCAAUUUGGGGUCUGUGUCACAAGUGCUUGCUGUUUGCUGUGUGACCUGAUAUUUUUCUUGAGCCCUGUCUUUUUCUUCUCAGCACAGCUGUCAUCUGUGGCUGUGCUUUUGUUCAACUUGUGGAUUUACAUUUUUGAGAAGAUUCCCUGUGUACAUAUGAAAGCUGCUGUUAUUUAAUUGCUGAUGUUUCCUUGAGUUUUCUAACUCUCAUCAGUGUUUUUUUUUUUUAGGGGAGUGUUGAGCAAGUUCCCGUUAAGUUUCUUUUGCUACAGUAUAAUGGCAGUAAAAUGUCCAUCUGUUGUACCCAUUUCUUUUUUAGAUUUAAUUACAUGCCAUGGUACAGGUACUAACAUUACAGCAUGUCAGGAUUUUGUAUGUUAGUUUGAUUUUACUCUAAAGCUGUAAAUGUAUGUAUUUGUAAACAUUGGAGCAAUGAUGCUUAAGAAUUGUAAAUGCAUACAUUUCCCUGAGAUUCCUUUUAAGUCCCAUGAAAUGGUAACAUCCCUUCUUUAAUGUGAUGUGAAGAACUAAAGAUAUCAUCUUUUUAUUAUACAUAUACUUCUUCCUUUUCAAAACUUGGGAACUGCAUUACCCACAAUGCAACUCAGCCAUAUACAGUUUAGUCUGAGGUUUUUGUUUGUUAUCCUAGUAGCAGCUAAUGUAGCCUCAAGCUGCUAGCUUCCAGCAGAGAUGAGGAGCAGUUACAGAGAUCUGGUAAGCUCACUUCUUUCUAACUCCACACUUCCCCCAGAUUUUCUCUACUCUUUCAAACUUGUAGUCUUCACCCCCAUCCUAGGCUAACUCAAGCGACAUCACUUUAUCAGACUUCACCUAGCACACUGUGGAGCCACAAAAUGCUUUAAACACCUUUUUCUUCACAUGUGCAGCAGUACUCUCCCAACACCUGUAAACAGACUUUGAUGUGUAAAAAAGUUCCCCUUUAAUCAGCUCAGCUCUCACAGACUUUACGGCCCCUGCCAGUAAACAGUUACCAUUUCUGUCACCAGUCCAUCAGCAGGAAUUAAAUUAUACAUGUGACUAUAACAUUUAUGGUUGGAAACAGCCAGGCUUGCAAAUACUUGGUGUAACUUGGGUUAAAAAGAACACUUGGUAUCAAUUGAUGAAGGAUAAAUAUACCCUUUAACAACUGCAGCUCAUGUUGGUGGCAUCAGUGGAAGGAGACAAAAGCUGCAUAUUUUGCUGUUCUGGACAAUAACUGUGUUGUCGGCAAAUCAGGGCAACAAUUAGAUCAUUGAUUUGUUAAACACAUGCCAAUUAUUGUUUAGUGUGCCUACGUUAACUUUUACUGUACAAUAUUUCUUCAAGAGUAACACUUUUUGUUUAAUUUUAUUAUUCUUUCAUUUGCUAAUAUGUCUUUUAGUUUUAAAGUAACUUGUAGCUCAGUGUGCUUUAAAAACAAUGAAUCCUGCCUUUAAACCAGAAAGAUAUAUUUCUACCAGAUGCCUGUCGUUAAUGUUUUUUUCUUUUGUCAAUGUAUCAGAACAUUUGCACUGUAUAUAAUAGAUUCAGACUAACUGAGCAAAAAGAUUGUGAUGAUUGAUAAUGAAAUUGAAAUAGCUUCUUUUUUUUUUUUUUUUUUUUACUUUUGAGGAGAAUCGAUUACAAACACAUCUUCAUGUGACUUCUUAACACAAGAACAUACAUACACACACAUGUGCAGGUUGUAAUAACACCCUAGCAUCUUAGUAAGGCUAUGCUCUUAAUUUUAUGUUUUUUUUUAAAUGUUUUUUUAAACAGGCAGUCAUCAUAGAGCCAAUGGUUAACCCUUUAUUCACUGUAUGUGCCAUUUAUUAUAUUUUUUGGGGCUAAAAUAAAUAGAUUUAACAGUGUCUGUCUGUUUUUGGUAUCAUUUCUGAUCCAUCAAGGAUUUGGAUUUAAGUGUGGGAGGAUUUUCAAUAAAACAAUGCUGUGUGACAGA